UCUUUUUGCUUUUAAGACCACUUUGCAAGAAAGUUAAAGAGCAGUUGAUUUUUUAUUGAGCAAAAGACUGCCUAGCUUUUCUCUCUCUCUCUCUCUCUAAUCCAUGGAUACUUCUACUCAGUGGCCACAGGGGAUUGGUGUUGUUAAACCAGUGGAAGGGCCUGAUAUGUUAGAGAGAAGGGCAAGGCCGCAAAAGGAACAAGCUUUGAAUUGUCCAAGGUGCACUUCGACCAAUACAAAAUUUUGUUACUACAACAACUAUAGUCUGUCUCAGCCAAGAUACUUUUGCAAGACUUGUAGAAGGUACUGGACUGAAGGUGGGUCUUUAAGAAAUGUUCCUGUUGGUGGUGGUUCGAGAAAGAACAAGAGAUCAUCAAGUAAUCCAUCAUCAUCAGCUGCGGCAGCAUCUGAAAAGAAGUUUCCUCUUGAUCUGACCCAGCCAAAUUUCCAUCAGUCAGCUACUGAUCAAAACCCUAAGAUCCAUCAAGGCCCAGAUCUAAACCUAGCUUACCCUCCAUCUCAUAUCUCAGCUAUGGAGCUUCUCAAGAGUUCUGGAAUGAAUCCAGGGGGAUUUAGUGCUUUCAUGUCAAUUCCCGCAGCAUCUGAUUCGAACAACAUGUUUUCAACUGGGUUUCCUUUGCAAGAAUUCAAGCCAUCAACCCAGAACUUUUCUUUAGAAGGGUUUGAAAGUGGGUAUAGUAACAUUCAAGGUGUGCAUGAGACUGGUAGUAGUGCAAGGCUUUUGUUUCCUAUCGAGGACUUGAAGCAGCAGGUUCCAAGUAAUUCUGAAUUUGAGCGGAUUAAUGCUAGAGGGCAAGGAGAUGGUGCUCCUGGCUAUUGGAAUGGAAUGUUAGGUGGUGAAUCAUGGUAAAAUUCACAUAGAGUAUUAUGGAUAUGAUCACAAGAUGUUAAUUUAGCCUUGUGUUUUAUCUUAAUUUAGUUUUCCUUUCCCUUCUCUUCACUUGGCGAUCGAGUGACUUGUUUUAUGUUUAAAUCAAAACUAGCUAGCUAGCUAACAGAUAGGGUUACACGGGUUAAUUUUCUCUCUUGCUUUCAUUAAUUUCUAGCUUGAUUUUUCCA